AUGGCUAGUGAAGGUGGUUCUGCCCUGCCAGGGCGAGAUCCGGCUUGGAAGUAUUGUUUACCGAUUGAGGGUAACCGAAAUGGAACAAUUUGUAAUUUCUGUGGGUUGGUGAUGAAAAGUGGAGGCAUCACGCGAUUCAAGUUUCAUUUAAUGCAAAAAGACCCGCAUAACAACACCAAAAAGUGUCCGAGAGUGCCGCCCGAAGUGAAAGAAGAGAUACGAUUCCUAGUGCAUGACAAAACAAAAGCAAAAGCAAAGAAAAAUGCAGAUAUUGAAGAAAUUCGUGCUCAAUUACGUGGCACAAUGGGGACUCAUCAUACACAUUUGGUAGACGAAGAUGAUGAUGAUGAAGAUGUUGAGAAUGAAGAUGUGUAUAUGUAUCCGGCAGAUAUGCACCCAGAUGAGCGGGAUGCAUAUCGAUCUGCAGUUCGUGCCUCGAAAGCAUCAGAAUGGGAACGUGAACAAUAUGAGAAUAUUGUAGGAAGCAAACGCAAAACAGGGGAGUCUUCACAGUCUCCUGGAUUACCGUCGAUGAUGCGAAAAUCACAUAGUAUGCGACAUUCGCAACAAUCACCCCCUCUUGCCCCUUCACUUUACAAGUCUUCUGCAGCAAAACAAAAAAAUAUCAAAGAUAUAUUCAAGGGUGGUGCAAUUAAAGAAACGAUGGGACGCUUAAUUAGCAAAUUCUUCAUUUAUGAGAGCGUCGCACCCGCAAAAGCAAAGUCUCAUCACUUCAAGAAUAUGAUUAUUGGUGCACAACAAGCUGGAAUGGGAAUCGAACCUCCAUCUCCAUUUGACAUAAAGAACAAGUACUUGGAAAUGGAGUACAGAGAAAUGGAAGCUUAUGUGAACCAACAAAGAGAAAAAUGGAAGACAUAUGGGUGCACAAUAAUGUCAGAUGGAUGGACAGGGCCCACGAAAUUAAGUAUUAUUAAUUUCAUGGUUUAUUCUAAAGGGAGCACGGUCUUCCUUAAGUCAGUUGAUGCAUCGAACUAUAUCAAAGACCACAAGUAUAUAUACGACCUAUUGAAGACUGUUAUCAAAGAAGUCGGUAAAGAAAAUGUGGUCCAAAUUGUCACAGAUAAUGGGUCAGCAUUCAUGAAAGCAGGGAAACAAUUGAUGAAGAAGUAUAACUUAUACUGGACUCCGUGUGCGGCGCACUGCAUCGACUUAAUCUUUGAAGACAUUGGUAAAAGACCUAGUGUUAUCGAGCUGAGUCGAACAAAACAUGGACGAGAGUUGGAGCAAUUAUUGUUUGACCAUGCGUAUUGGGAUAGAAUGACAAAUAUAGUUUCAUUAUAUGAGCCAUUAUACGUGGUGCUUCGACUUAUGGAUUCUGAAGUUGUUCCCACAAUGCCAUUUGUGUAUGAGCUUAUGCACGUGAUGAAAACGAACCUUACGCGUCAAGGAGCUGGAGAUUGGAUGUUCAAAAUAAUACAAGAUCGUUGGGAGAAAACACUAAAACAUCCACUUCAUGCAGCAGCAUACUUCUUGAAUCCAAGAUUUCAAUAUAGGCGUGGAGUUGGUAGUGAUCCAGAACUACUUCAAGCGGUCCAUGAUGUUUUUGCAAAAUUAGAUCCAACUACUGAAUCACUUGGUCAAUUUGGAAAUGAGCUUGUGCUUUUUCGAGAUGCAAAAAGAGGAUUCGGUGAUCGAGCGGCAAUUGCAGCAAGGUCAACCAUGGUGCCCGCUGAAUGGUGGUUUAUGUAUGGGAAUCAAACACCUACAUUGAGAAAGUUAGCCAUCAAAGUUCUCUCACAAACUGCGUCAUCUACUGCCUGUGAGAGAAAUUGGAGCACGUUUGCUCUCAUCCACACAAAGCAACGAAAUCGUUUGGCUUACUCUCGAUUGGAGCAAUUAGUUUUUUGUUACUAUAAUAUGAGGCUAAAGUUACGCGAUAUGGAGGCAGAAAAUGAUCGAGUUGCUGAAAAAGAUUAUCUUGAUCUUCUUGACAUUUCAGCCGAGGUGGGUGAAGAAGAAGAUAAUCAGUUGUUCCAAUGGGUGAGGCCUAUACAUUUGGAUGACGAAGUUGGAAAUCCCGAUCCACGAAUUGCUGCUCAUGCUCGAGAAUUUGGAGUUAAUGUUGAACGUGUGUUGUCUGAAGAAGUUCACUCUGAAAGUUUUAGCAAAGAUACUGAUGAUUCCCACCAAGAGAUUGACUCCACAAGUGCUGGCCAUAGUAGUAGACCUAGUGCUGCAGGUACUUCUGCUUCUGGUUACGAUGGUUCAAGAGGUGGAACUGAUGAUGGAGGUGAUAAUGCGGGAGGAGAUAUUAAUGAACGUCAACAUAGUCAAUAUCCAGUCAGCCAAUUCACCUGUGAAAAUACUUUCACACACUGCACACAGGAUGAAAACCAUGGCUCUAGAAGAGCUGUGACUCUUCGAAUGAGACUAAUGUCUACCCUCCUCAUGUGA